AUGGAAUCACAUAAACAAUUACUAGACGCAGGUUAUAACGUUCAUUCAUUUGGUACAGGUUCUGCUGUUAGAUUACCUGGACCAUCUAUAGAUAAACCAAAUGUUUAUGCAUUUGGAACACCAUAUGCUCAAAUGUAUAAAGAUUUAAUAAGUCAAAAUCAAGGUAAAUUAUAUGAACAAAAUGGAGUAAUGCAUAUGUUAGAAAGAAAUAAACAAGUAAAAAUUGCACCAGAAAAAUGGCAUCAAAAUGAAAAAUCAGGAAAAUUUGAUUUAGUUAUAACAUGUGAAGAAAGAUGUUUUGAUAGUGUUAUUGAAGAUUUAAUGUUUAGAAUGUAUAAUAAAAAUCAACCUACAGAUUUAAAACAAGUUGUUCAUGUUAUAAAUAUUGAAAUUAAAGAUGAUAAUGAAAAUGCAAUAAUUGGUGGUAAAGGAAUAUUAAAAUUAGUUAAUAUGAUUCAUGAUUUCAAAAGGAAAAAAUUAGAACAAAAUCCUGAUAUUGAAGAUGAAAGUGAUAUUAUAUUGGAAGAUCAAAUGAUGAAUAUAAUAACCGAAUGGCAAAAGGAUCAUUCUCAUUUACCGACUUUAUACAGUGUUUCAUAUUAUUGA